ACUCCACUGCACCGAUAAAGGAAGAGUACAGAACAACCCUGGUGACGUCACAACAACUCCUCUCCUACUUCCAAGAUGGCGGAAAAGGGCGUCCAUUUUUUCGACGAGCCCGUCGACCGACGCCACACCUGUCUCCUGGGGAUCCCCGAGGACAGACUCGCCCUGAAACGUCACAGCCUUCCCGUCGUGCCACAAAUUCGAAUCUCCGAAAAUACCCAUGAUUCCAUAUUCGAUGACGACGACGAUGGGGACGAGUGGUGGACUGACCAAUCAGUGUCGUCCAUGGAUGACCUGCUGGGAAAGUCUGUUCCGGAGUACAGAGUUGUAGUCAUGGGGUCGGCAGCAGUUGGGAAAACCUCGCUAAGAAUAGAGUUUUGCACCACUGAGAUUAUUCGAGAGUUCAUAGACGAGGAUGACUCUAUGAUGCUCGAUAUGAACGAGAGAACGUUCAGCGUGGACGGGAUGGAAACCACUCUCCAUCUAACGGACACUUCUGGCCACCUCUGUCAGCGGUUGUGUGAAGACGAAGAAUUGGAGCUAACCGUUGAGGAUAAGCAUAAGGAGAAGAAUGGCGAAGAAAACGAGAACUAUGUCCGAAGAAGAGACCAGUACAUCCCGAAGGGGGACGCCUACCUGAUAGUUUACGCCAUCAACGACAGAGAGAGUUUCAAGACGGCGUCCAAACUCCUCAUCAAGCUGAGGAGGAGCAGACCUCUCCACGACAUUCCCGUCAUCCUGGUCGGCAACAAACGAGAUUUAGAAAGAUCGCGAGAGGUCAAGAAGAAAGAGGGCAUUGCAUGCGCCAAGGUCAUGGAGUGUAAGUUCAUCGAGACGUCGACAACUAUACGUCACAACAUCGACGAGCUGUUCGAAGGCGUGGUCCGACAGAUCCGUCUCCGUAGCAACGUGGAGGAGCGCGACAGCGAGCUCAUGCAGAAGAUGACGUCAUCGGAGAGACGGGGCAGCAAGGGGAUUCUGGGUAAAGCCAAGAACCUGCUGACCUCCAUGUUGCCGAAGAAGAGGAGAAACAGACUGGUGUCCAGUUCCUGUAAUGACCUCUCGGUUCUGUAGUGUGUACAUCUGUACCUUCAAGGGCACGCCAUGUUGUCCCAUGAGGCACUGCGCUGACCUUUGACCUCUUUAGCGUCUGCUCAGAAAUGUAAUGAUGGUCACCAAGAAAGGGCUUGAAGAAAAUACCUGCUGUAACAGGUAUCAAAGAUCUUCCAGGGCAUGGCAGCAAGAAUAAAUGAAGCGUAAAAUAACGCUGAUAGUAAGAGGAACAAUGUUAGCAGGAAAACACGAAGAAUAACGCUGAAAGUAAGAGGAGUCAACAAUGUUCGCAGCCAAAGACGAAGAAUAUCACUUCUAGCCAACUGUUAGAAUGAAUUAAACGUGAACAGCAUCGUUUUGUUCUACCCCAGCUACACAAAA